GAUAUAUUGGAUAGUCUUCGAGAGUUGAAUUGUUUACCGUGUGGGAUGGUUGUUUAUCUGGCGAUCGGUUAUGACUGGGCAAAUGAACGUGAGAUGUUGAUUCGUUUCGAGAAUAUUUAUCGACAUAUCAUUUCUACUCUCAAGAAGAUGCUGUUGGCUGGAUAUAAACCAGUCGAUGAACUACAACAACAGUCAAAAAGCUCACAGGGAUGGUACGAUGUGCCAGUUGAGAUGAGACCAAAGCGGAGUUGUAAGAAGCGUGCGUUGCAGCGAUGUGAUUCUCGGUUGUGGAUGCCACCACCCAGAAUCGUUCUCAUCACAAUACCGAAUGAUGUUGGUUUUGAUCAGUUUGUUGAACGUAUUCAUAAUAGUUUAGGAAAUAAGUCAGCAAUUCUUAGUUGA